AUGCCAACGUUUCUAUCUGAUCAGCUGAGAACAAUGUGUCCAAAUCUACAAUUCGAUACUACAUCCGAAUGGGUGCUACUACCAGAGCUCCCACCAGACUGCCAAAUGCCGACCGAUCAAGCUGAGUGGGUCAAAUAUUGUAUGGCAUUUCUGUUUGCCACUCUAUCAGUGAUUGGAAUCGUCGGAAAUAUUCUCGUCAUAUUCGUUGUAUUAAAAGUUCGCGGAAUGGUGAGUCUCAGGUUAUUAUAA